AUGUCGAUUCUUUUUGACCGAGGCGAACUGGGCGUCGCGAUUUAUAACGCGCUGACGACGAGUCUCAAGACGCUGCAACUUCGAAUUGCGGAUCCACAGGAACUGGAGGAGGUGAGUACAUUCGGGUAUGGUGUCGUCGCAAAAAGAGAAUUCGUCGCAUUGACCCAUGCUGGUUUUGCCAAGCAGAUUUUAACUACCACAAAGCUUGCCAAGCAGUUGAGCGUGUUCAAGUCGGUACAGCUUCGGACGAGUUCAGGGUGCAUCGGGCUCGAUUAUCGCGAUAAAUGA